AAAAUUUAGGUCUAUGUGAAAGUGAAAUACUUCCUAUGAUGCUUGUGGGACAGAGUUACUUUUUUUUUGGUCAUGAACAGAGGGUUACUUAUAUGAACAUGGGAAAGCAUUAACGUUGCCCAAGUUGAAAGCAAAUUCUGAUCCAAGUUGCUGUUAAAGGAAAAACAUAUUCCCACAGGAAUUUCCAUUCCAAAGGAAAGCAUAAACAAAAGGGGGGUCUAUGCCUGAAUAUAUAUAUACAUGUUACAAAUGUAUAUGACUCACAUUCUUCAUGUCCCAAACAUCUUCCAGAGCCCGGUUUUAGUGGAGAUGAACACCUCAACCAGCCAAGACAUGAUUGUUCACUAUGAAAACAGUGAGGAUGAUUAUUAUUAUGAUCUUGAUGAUGAUUAUGAAACUGAUGAAUCUCACUAUUUCUAUGUUAUCAAUGCAAUACUAAGUGGAACUGCUAGGUUGAAUGUUCUCUUGCCCACAGCCACCAUCCUUGCCUUCAGCAUUUUUGCACCUAUCCUGACAGACGACGGUGAAUGCGGCACGNCAGCAAUCUUCCUGGCUAUCUUGGCAGUGUCUUGCAUCUUCUUCACAUGCACCGACAGCUUUAGAACAGCCACCGGGCGGUUGUACUAUGGGGUGGCAACAUUUAGAGGGAUCUGGACUUUCAAUGGAGGCAGGAAGAAGCCAUGUGUGCCAUCGGAUUACAGACUAAGAUGGGGUGAUCUUUUCCAUGCAUCACUAUCCCUAGUCUCUUUUCUUGCCUUUGCAGGAUUACACUUUGAUGUUGUUAAGUGUUACUAUCCGGGACUGCCUAGAAAGGUGACCAACACUGUUCCUCUUGUGGUUGGUUUUGUAGUGAGUGUCUUAUUUGUUGUGUUUCCUUCAAAGAGAAGAGGAAUCGGUUAUCCUUUCUUGCUGCAAAGGGAUUCCUUGUACUCUAGACGUUGAAAUUCAUACACCCAUAGAGAUUUGUCAUUUGUUCCUC